AUGGCUACCACAGCGCGGCUCAACUUUCUCGAUGAGGCUGCCGACUUGCUAGCAUUUUCAUCGCCAACGACUGCAGCCCAGCUGCACUCAACACGGCUCGAGCCGACACAGGAGGACGUAGUGAAAGCUCAGGUUGUUAAGAACGAUCGCCUCUGUGGAGGAUGUGGCGACUCUCUCAUACCAUGGUGGAACUGCUCCAUAAGGACCAAGAAGCGUACACGGCAAGAACGACUCAAUCAAGACAAAAGCACAAAAUUCACGACUGUGCAGUGCGCACGCUGCAAUAGCUUUACUAUGGUACGGCAAGUAAGACGUUCAACAGGCCGUCCUGUGCCGCAACAGCCCAUGGUCCAGCCUGCUACCGAGCGCAAGAAAGUGGUGGCGGUCCAGAAAGAUGAUCAGCCUACGCAGGGCUCGAUCACACCAUCGUCAACCCCGACAGAGUCUGCCGUCAAAAAGCGGAGUCGCAACAAGAAAUCUAGCCUGCAGUCUCUGCUUGCGGAUCGUAAAGCUGUGGAACCGAAGAAGGGUUCUGGUUUGGGACUGAUGGAUUUCAUGAAGACUUGGAAUUCCGUUCCCAUAGUCUAG